AUGACAAUACUCAAUUUUGGCUGUGGUCCUAAGGGGCCAGCCAACAUCAGGACAACAACCAGGGAAACCCCGGCGAAUGGGGAUGCCCGGAGCCUAGAAGAAAGGAAUGAGAGGGAAUUGUUUGAGCACCCCGAUGAGGUUACCCAGGAAGCACAAGUCGGAGUCCAAAAAGCUGAAGCUACGGCUUUGGUGUGGUCCAAAACCGCCUUGUAUGCCACAUAUGCCUGGAUCUGGUUUUGCUUCUUCACUCUGUCUAUGCAAUCGUCUAUUAGCAGCAACGUGGUCUACUACGCAUACGCAAACUUCGCUUCAGCUCCUCAAAUAUCCCAGGCAUUCAUUGUCUCGACAAUCGUUGGUGGAGUUCUUCAACUUCCCAUCGCAAAGACUCUGAAUAUCUGGGGCCGCGCUGAAGGCUUCCUGGCUUUAUUGCUAGUAUUCAUCCUAGGACUCAUCGUGAUAGCCUCAUGCAAUGGUCCCAAUGGGUUUGCAGCUGGUUACACUCUGUACUGGAUCGGUUAUACUGCCCUGAAUUUCAUCCUGACAGUCUUCGUUGCCGACGCGUCCGGACUGCGAAACCGAGCUUUCGUCUACGCAUUUAUCGGUACGCCAACGAUCUGUACGGCUUUUGUGGGGCCUCUUGUUGCUCAGGCAUUCCUGGUCCAUUCUACUUGGCGUUGGGCUUACGGCUGCUUCGCUAUAAUCACCUUUCUCCUCUUUGUGCCGCUUGCUCUCGUGUUCAAGUUCUACCAGCGCAAAGCCGAGAAGUUGAAUCUUUUUAUUCGGGUCCCGAGUGGCCGAACUACAGCGCAGUCAUUUGUUUAUUACUUCCACGAGUUUGAUGUUGUUGGCGCUUUCAUCCUUAUGGCGGCCUUCAUCCUAUUCCUUCUACCGUUCAGCCUUGAGACUUAUGGCCUUAGCGGAUACUCCUCGGCGACUUUUAUCGCCAUGGUUGUCAUUGGAAUCUUGCUAUUCCCAGUCUUUGCUAUUUGGGAGCGGUUCUUUGCUAGAACUCCUUUCAUCAAAUGGGAGUUAUUCAAAAAGCGCACAGUUCUCGGAGCGUGCAUCUUGUCAGCUGUGAUUUUCUUCAACUACAACACGUGGGACCAGUAUUUUUACUAUUAUGUGCAAGUCGUCUACAACCUUGACACCUCGAAGACGGGAUACAUGACACAGAUAUACGGCGUUGGAUCGACCAUCUGGGCAGUUCUGUUCGGUAUCUGGAUCCGCAAGACUAAGUAUUUCAAGAAUGUCUGUCUUUGCUUCGGUGCACCACUCAUGCUACUUGGCGCGGGUCUCAUGAUUCACUUCCGAGGCUCCCAAAGUAACAUCGGAUACCUGGUUAUGUGUCAAAUUUUCAUCGCAUUUGGCGGUGGUACUCUUGUCAUCGGCGAUGAGAUGGCUGUCAUGGCUGCCGCUGAUCGUGAUGGCGUCCCAUUGAUGAUUGCUAUGAUAAGUCUAUCCUCUAGUUUCGGAGGAGCUAUUGGCUACGCUGUUGCAGUCGCCAUUUAUUCCAAUACAUUCCCCCAGGCCCUACUCAGUGCGCUUCCCGAUUCAGCCAAGGCUGACUAUGCAACUAUUUACGCCGGUGGCUCGGCAGCUCAGCUCGUCUAUCCCCCUGGUAGUGAGACAAGGAAUGCGAUCAACCACGCGUGGGCAUACAGUCAGAAGUACGAGUGUAUCACGGCAGCUGUUCUUCUCGUUCUUGCUUUCCCAGCAAUUGCCAUGUGGAACAAUUACAAUGUCGACAAAAAGCAAGUGAAAGGCACUGUUAUUUAA